AAUAGCUUAUGUCAUAAUUAAAGCUUGGUGACAGUGAAGUUUGUAUGAGUACGUGGGUGUACUUUUUUGUUUGUACACCUCGUUUACGACACCUCCAUGGGCACUAAACAGACUAAGGGUGCCGGGUCGGACCCGGGGUCGAGCCCACAACAGAGCGGAUGGAAGCGGACGCCCACCAAACAACGGGGCGAUAUCUUCGCCUCAUUCGUGCUGAGGUCAGGGGGGGAUAGGUUCGGUCGCGGCGGACCACCACCCCCAUACCAGCGCCGCAUCGGAAUGAUCCAAGAGAUGAUGGUGAUGGCUAAAGAGGGGAAACAGAACGAGGCGACAGAGCUACUUAAGACACUCCGACAGGAUCUGGGCAUGGAGUCGACCUCCCUGGAUGAUGUUCUGUACCGCUACGCCAGCUUCCGCAGCCUGGUGGACCCCAUCACCCACGACCUCAUCAUCAGCCUGGCCCGAUACGUCCACUGCCCCAAAACGGAAGGGGAUGCUCUUUGUGCCAUGGAAAAGGUGUGCCGGCAGUUGACGUACCACCUGAGCCCCCACUCACGCUGGAGGAGACAGGGGCUGCUGAAGAGGAAGCCCCAGGCAUGCUUGAAGGCCUUGCUGUCGGGCCCUCCCACGGGUGGGGCGGUGGACCUGUCGGGGCUCCCCCUGGGGGUGCGGGACGUGGAGCGUCUGAGUGGCCACCUGCAGCGGCACUCUGCCCGCGUGUGCAGCCUGGAGCUGGGCUUCACCGAGCUGACGGACGAGGCCUUCCUGCUGCUGCUGCCCACACUGGGGGCCCUGCCCCGCCUGGAGACGCUGGCCCUCAACGGCAACCGCCUGACCCGCGCCAUCCUCCGGGACCUCACCGACGUGCUCAAGGACCCGGCCAGCUUCCCCGCCGUCACCUGGAUCGACCUGGGCAACAAUGUGGACAUCUUCUCCCUGCCGCAGCCCUUCCUGCUCAGCCUGCGCAAGCGCUGCCCCAAGCAGGGCAACCUGCCUACCAUCCUGGAGUUCGGGGAGAGCCAGGCCGGCGCGGGGGACGACGGGACCUGUGUUGAGAGCCUGGACGAGCUGGCUUCAGACGCCGAGCGAGAGUCACGGGGCCUGGGGGCGGAAGAGCCGAUUCCUGGCUGA